UGAUCGAGGAAGUUUGUUUGGAGAGUCGGUUUUGUAUUUCAAAGCAGGAAAACGGUUGGUUUAGGGAGUUUCUGUAGCCUGGUCAUUGAGAAAUAAGGGCGACCUUUGUAGCAAUUAAAAAAAAAAAAGAAAGAGUCAUUCGCGGAACUGAAGAGUUUAUUUGAAGGAAGUGCAGCGGCGAGGUUCAGAGACAGUUUUGUGAGGUAAACAAGAUUAACUCAAUCAGGUCCGAGGUAUAUCCUCAUUGAAUCGAGUUACUUACAGAAUAUUUAUCGAAAAGGAAGGACAUGAGCAACAGAGAAGACGAAUAUGAUUAUCUGUUUAAAAUCGUGCUGAUCGGAGACUCGGGCGUGGGGAAGACUAACCUGCUGUCCCGUUUCACCCGCAAUGAGUUCAACCUGGAGAGCAAGAGCACCAUCGGGGUGGAGUUCGCCACCCGCAGCAUCAACGUGGAGGGCAAGACCGUGAAGGCACAGAUCUGGGACACGGCCGGGCAGGAGCGCUACCGAGCCAUCACGUCCGCGUAUUACCGUGGGGCGGUGGGUGCUCUGCUGGUCUAUGACAUCGCCAAGCACCUGACCUACGAGAACGGAGAGCGCUGGCUCAAGGAGCUGCGGGACCACGCGGACUCCAACAUUGUCAUCAUGCUGGUGGGGAACAAGAGCGACCUGCGGCACCUUCGCGCCGUGCCCACUGACGAGGCCCGGGCGUUCUCCGAGAAGAAUGGCCUGUCGUUUAUUGAGACCUCCGCGCUGGACUCCUCAAAUGUAGAACUGGCUUUUCAGACCAGCCUGACAGAGAUCUACAGGAUUGUGUCUCAGAGGCAGAUGUCCGGCCGGCCUGACUCGGACUUCGCUCCCAGCAGUAACGUGGUUCCCAUCACCGUGCAGCCCACGAACCAGGCGCCCAAGCAGGCAGCCUGCUGCCAGAACAUGUGACCCCCCUCGGGGCGCGGUGAGGCUGGGAGACGGCGCCACCAGGAGGCGCUCAUGGAGCGGUGCCUUGCAGUCCUGCCAAUCAGAGCGAGGGGCCAUUGUAACGACUGGACCCCCGACACUGAGAGCAGCACGGGCACGUCUACACGUGUGCUGAGGGCUUGCAUUCUUUAUUUUACUGUGUUUUCAUUUUAAACUGUGUGUGAGCUGUGGGUUGUUGGUAGGGCAGGUAAAAAAUCUGUUGCUAACGGAGCGGUUUCUGCUUGUAUGCAUACUGUACCUUCAACAUUUAUUUGGGGGGGGUAUUUUAUAAGAGUUUAAGACACAGACUUCUCCAUUGAACUUCCUCAUCUGAGUGGUGGUUUUAAUUUCUUCCAUUUAAAGGGGUCCACCAAGCAUUUUGGUUUUAUUUUACAUGUCAUUAAACAUGCACACAAGUUCCUGGCUAACUUAUUUUUUUUUUUGUCCAGACUGGUUUCACAGACCCAGAUUGGCACUAAUCUUGGACUUCUGUACCAUAAUCCAAGUGCUAAACUGGGACGUGUGAAACUAGCCAUUGUAAAGUGAGCAACAAAACAAUUCCAGUGAAUGUUACCCAAUAUGCAUUGCCAUGCCUUUUGUAGAGCUGGCAUGUCCUAUAUGAAAGAUGCGCACGUUCUGUUCACUCGUUCAACUGUCAUUUUUUCAUACUGCUUAGAUUUUGUUUUACAAAGAAGUGGAGAAUCAACUCUGAAAAAUAGCAUUAAAAAUGCACUUCCCUUUCAUAUAGGAAGAUGUGGGAUCUAAGAAAGGAUGCCUAACUAUAUCUGAUUUGCUGGCAUUGUUUUGUCUGCUCUGUGUACCUGGUGGAGCUCCUUGUGUUUCUCUCUGUGGGCUGCAUCGCUGGAGGUUCUUGUGUUGAAGCAGGGUUUUAAUUCAAACUAGAAAAUCUGUGUUUUGAUGAAGGAAUUAGCCAGUACGUUUGUCCACUUGCUUUCCUGGUAAAUUGUACUUUAUAAUUCCUGACUGUUUUGAAUUAAGUAGUUUCAAUAGUCCUUUUUAACAGAUUUAUUUAUUUUUUGCAUUCCCCUUACUAUUUUAUGGUGUUUAAUCAUUCUGAGUGAUUCUGGGUUCAGUUUGCUCCAAUAAUGAAGUAUUUUUUUUCUCUCUCUCUAAAUCUGCCUUCACCUGGCUUUGAGCUCAUCUGGAUAAUCCUAACAGGCAGGACUGAACGGCCUUCCUCAUGCCAUUCAAAUCAUGUGACAAUGUGACCUUUCAACGUCAAAUAUCACGUGAUUAGAACUGAAUAAGGAAGGCUGUUCACUCCAGGCACCUCGGAUUCUCUAGACAAGCUCAGAUAAAAGCAGAUUAAAACUCGGGCAGGUAAAAACUCUAUAUUGGUGAACCAUUCAACGAUCCCAAACGCCAUAAAUAAGUUGGGGAUUUGUAAAAAAAAAAAAAAAAAAAAGUUUUUAAAA